CCGCUCUUCGUUGCGAUUCAAGGCCCUCAGGGAUCAGGAAAGACGUUUUUGACGCAACAUAUCGCCGCCGCACUUUCAGAAGAUUCGCUACGCGUUGCGAUGCUCUCCAUUGACGAUCUUUAUCUCUCGCAUGCGGAUCUUGCAGCACUUGCGGAUGCGUACCCUUCCAACUCACUUCUGCACGGGCGUGGACAGCCUGGGACACAUGAUAUUGACCUCGGAAUCUCUAUUAUGCUCCGUCUUAAGAGCAUCAAUGCUCCAUCUAGAUCAGAGGUGGUGAAGAUACCAUUUUUCGAUAAGAGUCUGUUCAAUGGCGAGGGAGAUCGUAUACCAGAAGCUGAAUGGACUUUAGUCAAAGGUCCACUUGAUGUUGUCCUAUUAGAGGGGUGGUGUGUGGGAUUUUACCCGACGUCGCGUGAGGUGAUAGAGGCACGAAUGCAGGACACGCCUAGGGGAUUGGAGGGCGUCUUCGACAUGGAGAAGUACAGUUUAGAGAGCGUAUUGGAGGUGAAUAAGAAGUUAGUGGAAUACGUGAAAUGGUGGGAGAUGUUUGAUGUUUUCGUACAGAUUACCCCAUUGGACACACACCCUUACGUGCACAUCUACAAAUGGCGUCUCCAGCAGGAACACGCCAUGAAAGACAAGAAUGGCGGGCAGGGCAUGUCUGAUGAACAAGUCAAGGCUUUCGUAGACCGCUACAUUCCCGGCUACCACUUUUUUGGAGACGGCAUU